AUGAGAAGAAGAUCUCAGGCCGCGGUGAUCCCCGACUCGGAGGAGGACGUUGUCAGUGGCACGUCAUUGAGGAAUUCUUCCUCCUCUCGUCGACAAGCGCCCCCGCGGAAGCCUUCACAUUCCUCUCGCGUCAUCCAAGAUUCCGAGGAUGAUGGCCUCGCCAGUCUAGACUCGGAUCCUCCUAACAUUUCUACUUCUCGAAAUGGCUCUACAAUGGCUGUGAAGGUGGUAAUUCCCACAAAGAAAGAUGCAUCGCCGAGCGACUCAAGCGGCUCGUCCGGUAUCCGGUCCACCGAUGGGACCACCGGCUGCAGUACCCCGGCGACCAGUGUCGGGACUCCUGCCGAGUCUAGCAUCAAGCGGACUCGAGGCCGUGUGAACGCAUCGGAUCGUGCCCAAAGCCUUCGCACCAGCAUCAUGACCAGAAGAGCAUCCUUACGAGGCCAGCGUGGGACAAAGAGGUCCGCGGAUGAUGCUGCAUUGUCAGAAGAUGAACUAAGCCUCGAAACCUCCGACGCGGCCAUAGCUCAUGCUCUCCAGAUGGAGGAGUAUGAACAGCCGGCGCCCAAGAAACAGAAGACUGCGGCCUCAAAGCGAUCCAGGCAACGCGCACCAGCUGUUCCGGAAAUCAUGGAUCUAUCGAGCGACAGUGAAUUGUCCGAAUGGGAUCUCAUCGAGAAGUCCUUGAGCUCAGAGGAGGAUCUGUAUUCCUCGGCCGGCUCAUUCUACGAGACGGGACCGCGAGGACAAUCAGAGGAACAGGGCCAGGACGAUGAUGACGACGACGACUCAUAUGAUUGGGAUGCGGGGGACCGGCGAAGAAGAGAGGAGAAUCAAGCUGACCUGCCCCCGAGCUGGGAUGAGCAGAGAAAAGCACGCCGGAUGCUCGCCGACCGGAAGAAGCUGGAGAAGAAGCAUCCAGCCAUCAUCACUAUGUGGGAUACGCUAAAGGCAACGCCUAUCAUCACACCAAAGGCCGCCCCGCAGCCGGAAUCCAUUACUCGCAAACUCAAACCAUUCCAAUUGGAAGGUUUGAACUGGAUGAUGGAGCAGGAAAAGACCCAAUACCGAGGUGGUCUCCUUGGUGAUGAAAUGGGCAUGGGCAAGACAAUUCAAGCCGUGUCCCUUAUAAUGUCGGAUUUCCCUCAGCGUGAACCGACCCUUGUCCUUGUUCCACCCGUUGCUCUGAUGCAAUGGGUUUCUGAGAUCAAGGAAUACACCAAUGGCAAGUUGAAGGUUUGCGUUUACCACAACUCGGAUUCCAAGGUCAAAAAGCUCUCGCGGGCGGAUCUGCGGAAGUACAACGUGAUCAUGAUUUCUUACUCGAGCCUUGAAUCCAUUCACAGAAAGCAAGAAAAGGGUUGGACUCGUGGCAAUGGAACCGUGAAGGAAGAUAGCGUGAUUCAUUCUAUCGACUAUCACCGGUUGAUCCUCGAUGAAGCACACAGUAUCAAGCAACGUACUACGGGUGUGGCCAAAGCUUGCUUUGCCCUGAAGGCUUCCUACAAGUGGUGCUUGUCCGGCACCCCCGUGCAAAACAGGAUUGGAGAGUUUUUCUCCCUCUUGCGCUUCCUACAAGUCAAGCCCUUUGCCUGUUACUUUUGCAAGCAAUGCCCCUGUGAGCAGCUCCAGUGGUCUGCGAACAAGCAGGGUCGUUGCACCGAAUGUGGACAUACUGGCUUCAACCAUAUCUCCCUCUUCAACAAAGAGAUUCUGAAUCCCAUCACGGAGGGAAGAUCUAUGACAGAGCGUAAGGAAGGCUUGGCGAAGCUUCGGUUGAUCACCGACCAUAUCAUGCUUCGACGCAUGAAGGAAGAGCAUACGUCUUCGUUGGAACUUCCACCAAAACGCAUCACCAUCCACAAUGAGUUUUUCGGCGAGAUCGAACAUGAUUUCUCCCGGAGUAUCAUGACCAACACUUCGCGCCAAUUUGACACCUAUGUCAGCCGAGGUGUGAUGCUCAACAAUUACGCCAACAUUUUCGGUUUGAUCAUGCAGAUGCGACAAGUCGCCAAUCACCCCGAUCUCAUCCUCAAGAAACAUGUGCAGCCUGGAUUCAAUGUUCUGGUCUGCCGCGUUUGUGAUGAGCCUGCGGAGGAUGCGAUUCGGUCGCGUUGUCGCCAUGAGUUCUGCCGCAAGUGUGCGAAGGAUUACAUUCAGUCCUUCGACGAUACCUCGGCGGUCGACUGCCCUCAAUGCCACAUCCCUCUCUCGAUUGAUCUGGAGCAGCCUACCAUUGAACAAACUGGGGAAGGAGUGAAGAAGAACUCGAUCAUCAACCGCAUAAUGAUGGAUAAGUGGACGUCCUCGACCAAGAUCGAAACUCUUCUUUACGAACUCUACCAGCAGCGAAGCAAGAGUCAUACACCCAAAUCGAUCAUCUUUUCGCAGUUCACAUCGAUGCUUCAGCUUGUGGAGUGGCGCCUGCGUCAUGCCGGAUUCAAUACGGUGAUGCUCGAUGGAACGAUGACGCCUGCACAGCGACAGAAGUCUAUCGAACACUUCAUGAAGAAUGCCGACGUGGAAGUGUUUCUGGUUUCGCUGAAGGCGGGCGGUGUGGCCCUGAACUUGACCGAGGCAUCCCGAGUGUUCAUUGUUGACCCAUGGUGGAAUCCCGCAGCGGAAUGGCAGAGUGCCGAUCGGAGUCACCGCAUUGGCCAGCAGCGGCCCUGUGUCAUUACCCGGCUGACUAUCGAAGAUUCGGUCGAGUCGCGAAUUGUCCAGCUCCAGGAAAAGAAGGCGAACCUCAUUCGGGGUACAAUCAACAAAGACCAGGGCAAGGCCCUGGAGAAACUGACACCCGAAGACAUGCAGUUCUUGUUCCGGGGUUCGUAG